GAGUGAGUGAGUGUGUAAGUGAGUGAGUGAGUGAAUGAGUGUGUUAGUGAGUGAGUGAGUGAGUGUGUGGGUGAGUAUCUCCCAGAACAGCCAAGAACAAACAUUGGACCACAGCGCCCCCUGGCAGCGAGAGUACUGGCCACCCAAGAGAAAGGUGGGGUGAAGAAGGUGAAGGUUUGUUCCCAUUGAAGAAGGCACCACGGGCGCCAUGGAGGAGCAGAGGAGAGUGGAGUGGGUCCUGGAGUUGGGGGAGCAAGGUCACAGAAGGCAAUGAUAUGGCACAGAGCCAGCCCAGUUCUGUCCCCCGCCCCCCAAGGCCUGUCAAGCACAGAUCCUCCGGCGGCGCGCGCAGCAAGCUGUGCUGAAGGGAGAGGCAUUGCGGUGUGUCGGCCUCAGGCCGGCUUAGAGAGGGACCAGGGAAGACGCCACACCAGGGUCUUGAGAGAAAAUGGGUCAGCAUGGUCUCCCCACGACCGAUAUCAGAUACUGGCAUCUGCCCUCCCUUGGCAUCGCUGGCCAGGCCACGGCUCAGCUAUCUGACACCGGGGCCCAGAGUCGUAUGCCAGGAAACCCAACCCUCCUGAGCCCCAACGUCCAGCAGCCCAGCAGGCAGGUCUCUGGAGGAGGACGCGGGUCUCCUGAGGCGAGCGUCAAGGUGGAUACUUCCGGGAGAGGGCUCUCCCUUCAUCAUCAGGGGUCCUACUCCACUCCAAGACGAUGCCAACCUAUGGCCACGCUCCCGCCACACAGUCACCUCCUGCCCAUCCUGUUUGUGAUAGGCACAUGGGGCACUGUGCCAAGCCCCCAGUCAGCUCCCCAGGGCUGCUACAGGGCAGAGGAGGCUGGUGAGCAGACGUUCCGCUGCAGCCAGGCAGGGCUGAGCACCGUGCCCUCUGGCAUUCCCAACGACACCCGAAAGCUCUACCUGGAUGCCAACCAGCUGGCAUCAGUGCCAGCCGGUGCCUUCCAGCACCUGCCUGUCCUAGAGGAGCUGGAUCUGUCCCAUAAUGUCCUUGCCCACCUCUCAGGGGCCUCCUUCCAGGGCCUGGCGGGCACGCUGCGCCACCUCGACCUCUCUGCCAACCAGCUGGCAUCGGUGCCCCUGGAGGCCUUCAUUGGGCUGCAGGUCCAAGUGAACCUGUCCGCCAACCCGUGGCACUGUGACUGCGCCCUCCAGGAGGUGCUCAGGAGGGUGCGGCUCCUGCCGGGCACCGGGACAGGCAUCGUGUGUGGCCCCGGCGCGCGGUCAGACCUCGUGGGACAGGAGUUCCUGCCAUUGGCAGGGGAGGAAGAGCUGUGUGGGCCGGGGCCGGGUGGAGCCCAGCGGAGCACCGACGUGGCCCUGCUGGUCACCAUGGGGGGCUGGCUCGUGCUGGUGGUGGCCUACCUGGUCCACUACCUGUGGCAGAACCGAGAUGAGGCCCGGUGUCCCCGGAAGCCGGCCGCGAUACUGCCCGUUCGCUCGGAGGGCUCGUCCACUCUCAGCACAGUGAUCUGAUGGUCAGGGAGCAGGCCUCCUAGCCCCAAAGCCCACCCUCCUAUCCCUCUGCCAUCUCCUUGCCCUGAGCCCUCUGCUACGUCACCCCAACCCCCUCUCCUGCCUUUGUCUCCCCUAAACAACUGAUCUCGCAUCCCUUGACCAACUCCAUCGUGCCUGGACUGUGCUAGACCCAGCGCACACCAAGCUCCCGAGUCCCCGGACCUGGAGGGGCGGCAGACCCUCCCGGAGAGAAUGAUGGCGAGGAGUCUGUGUGCAAACCAGCAGCGAGGAGGAGGGGGUUGUGGAGCACCGAGGAGGGAGCCUCCGCCCCGCCGAGGGCAACCUCAACAUAGCCAACACACUGAAGGUCUUUGCACUGACUCUUGAACAGUGAAGAGGCCUUUGGGCAGAAAAGAGGGACAGGUGCGGAGGCCAGGAGGGUGUGAACGACGGGCAGGACCUGCCGCAGGGCGGGGAUAGAGGAACCAACUGUGGUGGGAGAAUGGGGGGACUGAGCUGGGGGUGCCACCAGAAAGCUGAGGUGUGGCCUUGUGGAUGCCCCCUCUCUUCUCCUCUGUCCUCCUACCUCCACGGAGAGCUGCCACACCCCCACAGCACCUUCCUGCCCCCCCCAACUCCUCUCCUGGGACCCCCUAGAGGACACCCCCCAGUUCAGGGCUUCUUGCUCCCCUUCCUUGACGACACCCCAUCUGUCUGUGUGUCUUCUUGAUAUAUUGAAGAGCUCCCUGAAUACCCAUCCCUUGGGGGGAGGUGAUCUCCUCCUGACCGAUCUGGGGAGAGGUGACUGCGGGGUGCCGGGAGGUAGCUUGCCCCCCAGAACUGCACUGAACAACCCGAUAAAGUCACCCCCAUGGACGCUGA